AUGGAUAUCUAUCGCCUCAAUAUUUCUCACUAUUUCCUCCUUUUGUUCUGCUUAUUUGGUGAUAUCGAACUUGCAAGCACUAAUGUGAAGUCAGUAUGCAUUGAGGAAGAAAGGCGAGCACUUGUGAGCUUUAAACAAGAUCUUACUGAUCCGUCUGGUAGGCUUUCUUCUUGGGUGGGUCAUGAUUGCUGCCAGUGGGAAGGGAUUUCAUGCAACAACCGCACCGGUCAUGUCGCCAAAAUAGAUCUCCGGAAUCCAUAUAUCGGGGAUUAUGAAGAGUGGGACGAGGUUGCUUAUAAGCAGUCUUGCUUGGGGGGUAAGAUAAAUCCUUCUUUGCUUAGCUUGAAACACUUAUCUUACUUGGACUUAAGCGUGAAUAAUUUUGAAGGGAUCCACAUUCCUAAGUUCUUUGGGGAGCUUAAAACUCUGAGGUAUCUCAAUAUCUCCUUUACAUCGUUUGGGGGAGAGAUUCCCCCUUCUCUUGGUAAUUUGUCAAACUUGAACUAUCUUGACCUCAGUCCUAACGAUUAUGUGUACUCCUCAUUCGAAAUACAUUCCAAAAACUUGAAUUGGCUUUCUCAUCUCUCUUCCUUAAAAUACCUCAGUCUCAAAGGAGUGAACCUUAGUAGUGCAGGAGUUCAAAAUUCGCUGCAUGAUGUUAACAUGCUUCCUUCCUUAUUGGAGCUACACUUAUCUGAUUGCGAAAUAGAAAGUCUUCCACUAUCACUACAUAGAAUUAACUUCACAUCACUUUUGGUCCUUGAUCUGGCAUUUAAUUUUUUCAAUACUUCUUCAUUUCCCAGCUGGCUCUUCAAUCUUACUAGCCUCAUUAAACUUGAUCUAGGCUGGAAUUCUUUCAAUCCAACACUUCCAAGGGAAUUUACAAGCCUCAAAUCUCUAGAAUACCUAGACUUAUCUUAUUUGGGCCUCAAAGGUCAAAUUCCGAGAGUCAUUGGAAACUUGGGUAAGUUAAAGAUGUUAAGUCUUCGGGAGAACAAUUUUGAUGGUGAUGGGCUUGACGAGUUUUUGAAGAGUUUGUCACAUUUUCCAAAUAAUACAGUCUUAGGGUCACUAGAUUUGUCUUAUUGUGGAUUGGAAGGCCAUAUUCCGGCCUCCUUAGCAACGUUAACAAGUUUGGAGCAUCUCCACCUUCCUUAUAACUCUUUUUGGGGCUCAAUUCCAGAAUCUAUUGGACACUUGUCAUCCUUGGAAACAUUGGACCUCAAUAGAAAUCAUAUGAAUGGCUCCAUUCCAGAAAGUUUGGGAAAACUCUCCAAACUAGUUGAACUAGAUCUAUCUUACAAUGCAUGGGAAGGCAUUUUAACGGAAGCCCAUUUCAUAAAUCUCACCAGCUUGAAACAUAUUUUAAUGUACAACCUUGAAUCUGGACAACAACAAAAUGGAACCAUGUCCAUUUCCCUCAUUUUCAACGUGGCUUAUGAUUGGGUUCCUCCUUUCAAGCUCCACACAAUUGAGAUUUCCAACUGUCGGGUAGGUCCUGAUUUUGGGGUAUGGCUUCAGUCUCAGACUGAACUAGUAGAUGUCACCCUUAGUAAUACUUUCAUAUCUGAUUCCUUCCCAAAUGAAUGGUUCUUGAAGCUAUCUUCCCAACUCAGAAAUCUGGAUUUAUCUUACAACCGAUUCCGAGGAAGUAUUCCGUCCAACCAAUUGAUGAGAUUUCCGAAUUUACGUUAUUUAAGUAUGAGUCAUAAUCAAUUUGAGGGCCCACUCCCACUUUGGUCUAGUAAUGCCUUUUUCUUUGAUCUCGAAAGCAAUUUAUUUUCGGGGCCAAUUCCCUCCAUUGUUGACCAGCUGAUGCCCAACUUGGCAUAUUUGAACCUUUCAGAGAAUCAAUUGAAUGGUACUAUUCCACCUUCUAUUUGCAACUUGGAAAACUUGGUACUGCUUUCCCUAAGGAGCAAUCAUUUUACUGGAGAAUUCCCUAGUGCAUGGAGGAGUGCGGGGAGGAACUUAAGGUUUGUAGAUGUUGCGGACAACAAUCUCUCUGGUGAUAUUCCCAGUUCAAUCGGGGAAUUAACUUCUCUUGAAAAAUUACAUCUGACCAACAACAAUUUUAGAGGUAAAAUUCCUGACUCCUUGCAAAAUUGCUCUGUUUUGAUGAGUAUCGAUGUUGGAGGCAACAAAUUAUCCGGGAGGUUACCUUCAUGGAUAGGAGGAUCAAGUAGAUCCAUAUUGUACAUGCUACAAUUGCGAAACAACUCUUUUAGUGGACAUAUUCCCCGACAAUUGUGCAAUCUUCGCUACCUUCGCAUCCUUGACCUCAGCCACAACAACUUUUCAGGUACUGUUCCCAGCUGUUUGAAUAAUUUGACUUCUCUCAUUGUUGAUGAUUUCGAAGGACUUGAUGGAAACUAUACUGAGCAAACCAUCCUAACAGUUAAAGGAAGAGAAUUUGUAUAUAACAGGACUCUAAUGCUGGUAAAGACUAUUGAUCUUUCAUCAAAUAUUUUAGGAGGUGAAAUCCCUCAAGAGAUAUGUAGCCUCAUUCUAUUGGGUACCUUGAACUUGUCGAGGAAUCAAUUGACAGGUAACAUCCCCACUGAGAUUGGAAAUAUGCAUGGUCUCGAAACUCUUGAUCUCUCACACAACCAUCUUUCAGGACACAUUCCUCAAACCCUUGCAUCUUUAACAUUUUUGUCCCACUUGGAUUUGUCUUAUAACAACUUGGUGGGAAGAAUUCCUUUGGGCAGUCAACUCCAAACGUUCACUGAUUCGUCAAUUUAUACGGGCAAUCCAUCUCUGUGCGGGAUUCCUCUCCCAAACAAGUGCCCUGAAGAUGACACUUCUACCACUGCAAAUGCAAAACACAGUAAUGAAGAUGAAAAUGAUAAGUUGUGGUUCUAUGUGAGCAUGGUGCUUGGCUUUGUAGUAGGUUUUUGGGGUGUUUGUGGCACAUUAAUCGUGAAGAAAUCAUGGAGGUAUGCAUAUUUUCGAUUCGUUGAUGACAUCAAAGAUAAGGUAACACUAGCAAUAGCAUUGAAAGUGGCUCAUUUGCAAAGGAAGUUUUGUGAUGUGUAA